UUGGCUUUCAGUGAAGUCCAUGCCGCGGAGUCUGUUGCUUACCUCAACAGAGCUUUGGCCCAGUUGCGGGAUAUAUGGGAAGAAAUUGGAGUUCCUGAGGAUCAACGCCUCCAGAGAACUCGAGCGGUUCACGAACACGUCAAAGGUAUUCUGGACUUGAUGAUAGCCGAAGAAGAACAACUCAAAAUUCGAGUCAUGAAAGACGCCGAAUCUUACCGCAAAGAACUUGCUGUUCUGUGCACCGAACUUCAGCUACCUCAGUUUGAGGAGGAAGUAGGCUGCACCAUCUUGCAGCUGGAGAAGUACAACCGCACUCGUCUGGAGCAGCUGAAGGAACAGAAGCGACAGAGAAUGGAGGAUCUCCGGGAUAUUGUCGCCCAAGACCGUGAGUUGUGCGACAUCAUGUGCACCCCUGCUUUGAGCGUUGACCUGGAGUCUGUUCCGUCACUGAAACAACUGGAGGACUACCAUACCCAUGUGGUAGAGCUCACGAAGGAAAAGGAGCGCCGUCAGGAGGAAUUUAUUAGCUUAAAACAGGGGAUAAUCGCAUGUAUUAACGAUCUGGAACGUCAAGCUGAGACCAGUUUUGAAAAGGAUGUCAUGUGCGAAGACGACGAGGCAUUCUGUCUCUCCAAGGACAACAUUGAGAAGCUCAAAAAACUCCUCGGCCAGUUGCAAGCGUGCAAGGCGAAGAAUGAGCAGCUUUGUGCGGAGCUGCGCACCAAGCUACGGGAACUCUGGGACAGGCUGAAGAUCCCCCUGCUGGAGCAGGAGAACUUUUCCGAGCAUAUGAUGAAUUCCAAGAAGAGCAACAUUGAGGCCCUUCAGGCGGAGGUCCAGCGUCUUCAGCUGCUGAGACUUCACAGCAUUAAAAGUGUAAUCGAGGCAGUACGAGCCGAGAUCUCUGAUUACUGGGACUCGUGCUUCUUCAGCCAAGAACAGCGGGAGGCUUUUCGUCAUCAUCAUGAUGACAACUUCACUGAGGAACUCCUCAACCUGCACGAAGCAGAAAUCCAACGUCUGAAGGCGUACUUUGAGGAGCAUAAAGAGCUGUUUGAAGGCGUCACAAAAUGGCAGGAGAAUUGGACCACAUAUCUGGAGCUUGAUAGGAAGGCUAAUGAUCCCAUGAGGUUCAACAACAGAGGCGGGAAUCUUCUGAGGGAAGAGAAACAGCGAAGUGACCUGCAGAAAAGUUUGCCCAAGCUUGAAAAGACUCUGAAGGUCCAAAUAGAUUGUUGGGAGCAAGAGCAAGGCAAACAGUUUUUGGUCAACGGCCAGAAGUUUCUUGAUUACGUGCAGCAGCAGUGGGAGCAGCACCACGUCCAGAAGGAGAAAGAGAAAAUGGAAAGACAACUUAAGAAGAGCAAACAGACUCAGGAGGACAUGCUGUGGGGAACCAAAAUCCAGACGCCAUCCAAAAGAAAGAUGGCCGGAACCCCGACACCCACCAAAAUGAGAAAGAUGGGAAUCUCCACCCUCUGUUCAGACUUCGGGGGAACGUUGUGCCAAUCGUCAAUGCAGAAGACCCCUCUUCCAGCCAGUAAGGGUCUGAGCCUACGCACCCCUGGGCAAGCUAAGACUCCCCAUGCACUUGAGCAGACCAAAGAAAACCUUCCAAACAGGGGCACUGCAUACAGCGCACUCAGGUCUCAGGAUAACCCAGAUUGCACCUUUAACAGUAUUGCUGGCUCCUAUUCGGAAUUUGCGAGGGACUUGUCAGAGGCCUCUAAAUCGACGAAUAUGAAACCCGUGCUGCUUAACUCCACCAUCCUUAAAAAGUGA